CUGAGUUAUAGCUUUUAUUUAAGGUCCAAAUGGCGUCUAACGACUAUUCCCCACCGUCUUCCCAGGGUUAUGGGUCCUAUGGUGGAGGUAGAGGUGGAGGUGGAGGUGGAGGCGGUGGCGGUGCUGGUGCUAACCAGGGCUACAGUCAGUCGUCUGGCCAGAGUUACAGUCAGCAGGGUUACGGAGGAUACAACCAGAGCUCUGACAGCAGUCCUGGCUCCUACAGUCAGGGAGGAUAUGGCAGCUAUGGACAAACUCAGUCAGGAGGAUAUGGUUCUCCACCGUCUAACCAGGGUGGAGGUGGAUAUAAUCACUCGGGUCAGUCCUACAGCUCUGGAGGCUACGGCGGCGGCAGCAGCAGCGGCAGCAGCAGCAACCAACCGUCCAGCACCAAUUACAACCAGCAGUCAUCCUUCUCUGGUUACAGCCAGCAGCAGCCUCCUUCUUCAUCCUCUGGAGGCUAUGAAGGAAACUCACCGGCCGCUGGCUACAACCAGCCACCAGGCGGUGGACAGAGCGGAGGUGGCUAUGGGAGCAGCGGAGGUCAGUCUGGUGGAUAUGGGGGCAGUGGGACUCAACAACCACCCCAACACGGAGGAGGUCACUACAACCAUCCUUCAAGCUACAACUCCCCCCCUCCACAAAGCUACAGUCAGCAGAGCCAGUAUGGUGGUCAAGGUGGAGGAUACGGAGACGAAAGCCCACCGUUGAGUGGAGGAGGAGGUGGUGGAGGUUACGGUGGUUCAGACGGAGGUUAUGGAGGCCAGGAUGGCCACAGUGGCAGGGGCCGUGGGGGUGGAUUUGGAGGUCGUGGUGGCGGUGGACAUGAUCACGGUUUUGACCGAGGAGGCCGAGGCGGACCAAGAGGAAGAGGCGGCAUGGGAAUGGGCGAUCGUGGAGGAUUCAAUAAGUUUGGUGGACCAAGGGACUCGGGAUAUGGACAUGGAGGACCAGGCUUCAUGCAAGACCAGGAUAACUCUGAUAAUAACACCAUCUUCGUGCAAGGCCUGGGAGACGACUACACUGUUGAAUCAGUGGCCGACUUUUUUAAACAGAUUGGGAUUAUUAAGGUCAACAAGAAGACAGGCCUUCCAAUGAUCAACCUGUACACAGACAGAGAUACAGGGAAGCUGAAGGGAGAGGCUACGGUUUCCUUCGAUGAUCCCCCCUCAGCUAAAGCUGCCAUCGACUGGUUUGAUGGGAAAGAAUUCAAUGGAAAUCCCAUCAAGGUGUCCUUUGCCACUCGGAGAGCUGACUUCGGAGGCCGAGGCGGCAUGAGGGGGGGCGGCGGUGGUGGUGGUGGUGGAGGAGGUGGUGGUGGUGGAGGAGGAGGAGGAGGAGGAGGAGGAGGAGGACAGCAGAGAGCCGGAGACUGGAAGUGUUCAAACCCAAACUGUGGAAACCUGAACUUCUCGUGGCGUAACGAGUGUAACCAGUGCAAGGCUCCUAAACCUGAGGACGCUGGUGGGAUGUCCCCGAUGGAAAGAGGAGGUUACGGAGGAGAGCGCCGAGGGGGGUUUGACCGAGGUGGCUUCAGGGGCCGAGGCGGCGACCGCGGAGGCUUCAGAGGCGGACGAGGUGGCGACCGAGGUGGCGACCGAGGUGGCGAUCGAGGUGGCGAUCGGGGCGGAUACGGCUCUGGCAAGAUGGAUGCAAGGGGGGACCGCAGACAGGAGCGGCGGGGUCGUCCCUAUUAAGUCCCUAUUAAGGUACACAUACGUCCUCUGACGUAUGUGUACCUCUGUCCACAUGGGGUCCAGCCCCCACCUUUACCUUUUAUAUAACUCUGCUAGAGCUCACUUUCAUCCUCUUGGUUGACUGUGUAAAAAAAUGUGACUCUCCCUGUUCUUUGUCUUUGUUGUUGUUCAUGUGACUCACUUUAUUUAUGUCUAUAAAGACUCUUUAUUCUGCUCAGUGGAGCCUCAUUUAUAAAGACAACCUCAAGGCCAAAUUCCUACAAACUUUAAGCCCAAGACUUUUUAAACCCUCCUGUUGUCUUCCUGUUGAUCGUGUCCUUGUUUGGUUUGACCAAUUUUGUGUUCAGCCUUUUUAGCCAACUUCAUUUCAACUUAUUCCCACAGGUUUUACACAUAUUUAUUUGGACAUUAAUGUCAAUAGGCCUCAUUUAAAUGACAGUAUACCUCAUUACUGAGUUAACACCUGGUCAAAACUGACCCGAAGACAACAAGGAGGGUUAAAAAGUUCAGUUUAACUUUAUUAUUAUGUGUCUAUUAUUCUAACUAUAUUAUUAUAUUAUCUAACCACCAGAUCUGAUUGAUAUUUAAUGGAAAGGACAGCUUUUCAUGUAGUGUUUGGUUUGGAUUCAGUAACAACAUUCAUGAUUGUGUCAUGAACUGUCUCUUAUAUCCUGUAACUAUCUUUGUGCUUUGUGUGUAUUAUGUUUCAGAUCCAGAUUUCCAUAUUUAUUAUUUAAAUGAAUCUGAAGUUUAAUGCAGCUCUGGCCGAAGAUUGAGCUCCACCCAAACUGUAG